CCGAGCCGAGCCGCGCCGCUCGCACACGAGCGGUGGCACCGUGUGCUUUCUUUUGGGGGCAGGGUGCUUGCUUCUUUCCUAGGGGGAAGCGGGAGGAAGGCGGCCGAGGCGGUCCGUCCCCGCCCGCGCGUGUGCGGAGAGCGGCCGGCGGCGGCGCCGGGGGUGCUCCGCGCCCUCGCCCUGCCCGCGGUGCAGUUACGAUGCGCCCCGGACGCCGUGCGGCUGCAGCGCGGCGGCGCUGACAUCGCUCACCAUGGACAGCUUCGAUUUAGCUCUCCUUCAGGAGUGGGACCUGGACUCUCUAUGAACAUGUCAUAUAAGGGCACUGUCAAAGGAAAGGCAAAGAAAAAGAAGAAGCAAAGAUAUUUACCCAAAGGCAUUUUUUGUGUCUAUGAGCCAGACAGAAAUGUGCUGCGAAGGAAGGAGUGGGAAAGGAGAAACCAGGAGGCCCAGCAGGACAAUGGCACGUUUAACACGAGCUAUUCUCUCUUCAGUGAACCCUACAAGACUAACAAGGGGGAUGAGCUUUCCAAUCGCAUCCAGAAUACUUUGGGCAACUAUGAUGAAAUGAAAGACUUGUUAACUGACCGGUCAAACCAGAGCCAUCUCGUUGGGGUUCCAAAACCUGGGGUUCCUCAGACAUCUCUCCCCAAGACUGAUGAACAUCUUAUCGCAGACUCGAGACCACCACCUCCUCCUCCUCCUCCAAUUUCCAGCACUACUUCUUCCACACCAGCAUCCCUAGCUGCCCAGCAGAGCAAGAGCGCCACAAUGGGCUGGCAGAAGGCUGGGCAUAAUGCCACUUCAGAUGGCCAGCAGAGAGUGAGCAAACACGGACACCGGUCGCUGGAGUCACACAAGGGUGACUUCAAACUGGCCAGCCAAAAAUCCAAUUUGGAGAAACUAAAACGCUAUGCAUCGAGUCCCACCUCCUCCUCUUCCUCUUCCUCUUCCUCCUCCUCCUCCUCUUCCUCCUCUUCCUCCAAUACUGCCCAGCAAAGCUCGCUGAGGGCCACAUUAGGAGACAACACCAACAGAGUCCAGCAGGCAGCGAAGCUCAGUUGUAGCUCAGAAGGAGGAACCAAAGUCCAAGAAAGGCCAGCAAAGCAUGGUGGGGGGCACUGUGUCCAAAACUUCCCACCUUCUCUUGCUUCAAAGCCCAGUCUGGGUCAGCAGAAGCCAACAGCCUAUGUAAGGCCAAUGGACGGUCAGGACCAGGCUCCAGAUGAGUCUCCAAAGCUGAAGUUACCAGCAGAGACAACCAAGUCAUAUCGGGGAGUGCCUUCCAGCAAGCCUGAUUCAGCCAGGACCAAGUCAAAGAUCACUAAGUUCAGCAUUCCUAAGCAAGAAGAAGACAGUGGAACAGGAGAUAACAGCUGCAUUGAAGAAAUAUUGCGGGAGAUGACCCAUUCAUGGCCUCCGCCACUGUCAGCAAUUCACACACCAGGAAAGGCAGAACAAAGCAAGUUUCCCUUCCCAAACAAGGAGUCACAACAGGGAUCUACAGGACACAGCAAUACAAGGAAAAGUGAUGUAGAGCCAAAGACCCCAGAGAAAAGCGCAACCCAUACAUCGAUGCUAGAAGAUGACCUCAAGUUAAGCAGUGAUGAAGAGGAGAAUGACCAGCAGGCAGCACAGAGAUCUGCUCUCCGCGUUCUAUCUGACAGCCUGGUGGUGCCGCAGGCCAAUGCCCGAGCCUCGGGACUCUCCAGCAAGGGCUCGAGCAGCAGCAGCUCCAGUGAAUCCGAGAGCAGCUCCGAGUCUGACUCAGAGAGCGAAAGCAGCUCCAGCGAGAGUGACGGCAGCAAGGCCUCGCACUACUCCAGCCCAGAGCCCGAGCCACCCUCGUCCAACAAGUGGCAGCUGGACAAGUGGCUGAACAAAGUUACCCCUCACAAAGCACCCAUCCUCACCCACCCCGAUGGCCCGGCGCUGGAAGCCCACCCCUACUACGGCCGCGUGAAGGCAGAGCGGCAGGAAGGACAGAAGACCCCGGCUGAGGGCUCGGCCGAGCAUCGCAGUGAGGAGAGCCGCGCCGCCGCCGCCGCCGCCGGGGACGGGCCGCGGCCCAGGACCGCCAACAAAGCGCCAGGCAGCAAGGGCAGCCGGCAGAAGUCACCCCUCGCUGCCGACGGCGGGCCGCCGAGGCGGGCAGCAGGGAAGAAGGCACCGCGGCGAGCCGAGAGGAACUCCGCCGGAGACGGCGCCCCCUGCUCCAGCGCAGAGGAGCCCCCCCGGAGCCACGGCUUCCCUGAAGGCGCUGCUGGCGAGGCGCCCAGGGCCCGGCCCGGCGGCGGCGGCUGCAGAGCGGGACACCGCCGGGAGCCCCGCUCGGCUGCAGCUGGUGAGAAGCGUCGGGCCCGAGGGCCGAGCAAAACGGCGCCCAAAUCCAAGGAGUUCAUCGAGACCGAGUCUUCGUCCUCAUCAUCCUCCUCCGACUCGGGCUCUGAGUCGGAGCGGGAGGAGCGCCCGCUGCCCAAGGUGCCAGCGGCAGCCGGGCCUGAGCCGCGGGGUGCCAAGGACGCGGGGAGCGGCACCGCCAGCAAACCCCACGGCGGCUGCAGUGCCUUUGGCUCUAUUAAUGCCAGGACUAGUAGUGAAAUAGCAAAGGAGCUGGAGGAACAGUUUUACACCCUGGUUCCUUUCGGUAGGAAUGAGCUCCUGUCUCCUCUGAAAGACAGUGAUGAGGUAAAAUCGCUGUGGGUCAACAUUGACUUGGCUCUUUUGUCCAGGAUUCCAGAGCGUUUGCCCGAAGAACCGCUGGCCAUGAGCGCCGGAGCAAACCAGGCGGCCAGCUUCCCGCAGGGUAGUAGUGCUGAACCCCCCGCAGAGAAGGGUUUACCGAAAUCUAGAAGGAAACGCAAGUGUGAGAAUGAGGAAGAGUGCAGAGAUAUCAAGAAGACCCACUUAGAGCGAGAGAGUUCUUCACGAUUAGCUGCCUCUGCCCAAAGCAUCACAACAGCAAAUCACUGCAAUAUGAAUGAAAAUAGCUUGGCAAUACCAAUAAAUAAAAAUGAGAAAAUGCUUCGGUCACCCGUCUCUCCCCUCUCUGAUGCAUCAAAACACAAAUAUUCCAACGAUGAUUUAACUUCCUCCAGCAGACCUAAUGGCAGCAGUCUAUUACCUUCAAUCUCCUCCAGCAAAAAACAUAAGGGUGAAAUCCAGUCACAGCCACAUCCUGGGGACUUCAAUAAAGCAAUUCACAUCAAUUCAGAAAAUGUUCUUCUCUGCAAUAAGCCACAGUUCCAAACAGAGCCUUGGUCACCUCUGUCCACCACACCCAGGGACUGCAGAAGAACAAAGCUUAUCUUUGAUGAUAUACCACGCAAUGCAGAUUACUUUAUGCAGGAAGCUAAACGGAAGAAGCAUAAAGCAGAUGCAAUGGUGGAGAAGUUUGGAAAGGCACUGAAUUAUGCAGAAGCAGCACUAUCGUUUAUUGAGUGUGGAAAUGCAAUGGAACAAGGCCCAAUGGAAUCUAAAUCCCCUUAUACCAUGUAUUCAGAGACAGUUGAACUCAUCAGGUAUGCAGUGAGACUAAAAACCCACUCAGGCCCCAGCGCCACGCCAGAAGACAAACAGCUGGCAGCAUUAUGUUACCGCUGCCUGGCCCUUCUGUACUGGAGGAUGUUCCGGCUCAAGAGAGACCACGCGGUCAAGUAUUCAAAAGCGCUUAUUGAGUAUUUCAAGAAUUCAUCAAAAGCUGCCCAGAACCCAUCUCCUUGGAGUGCCAGUGGAAAGAGCACAGGAACUCCAUCACCCAUGUCCCCUAGCCCUUCUCCAGUCAGUUCUGUAGGAUCCCAGGGGAGCACGGGGGCCCCUUCCCCAUCUCCUAUCAUCAGCAUCCCGCAGCGCAUUCAUCAGAUGGCCGCCAACCACGUCAGCAUCACCAACAGCAUCCUGCACAGCUAUGACUACUGGGAGAUGGCUGACAACCUGGCCAAGGAAAACAGAGAUUUUUUUAACGACUUGGAUGCAUUGAUGGGACCUAUCACCUUGCACAGCAGUAUGGAGCAUUUAGUCCAGUACACUCAACAAGGACUUCACUGGGUGCGGAAUAGUGCUCACUUGUCAUAAUGACUGUGUGCCAUUCACAUGGACAGUAUCCCUUUCAUGGAUAAUUCAGUUAUUCUGGACACUGUGCUACAGAAAUAGCCAGCUACAGCAUUGAUCCAAACAAAGGUGAAUAUUUCUUCAAUAUUGAGCAAAAUUCUUCUGAGUGUAGACAUGUAUGUGCACAGAGGUACAAUAUACAAUGAUGUCUCUUCAGAAUGAAUUGUUCUGUAUCACUCUCCAAACAUUUUCAUACACUAGAAAUACUAUAAAGAACUGAUCUUAAUGCACAAACAUACCCUUUCUAUUCUUGUACUGAAAAACUCAGAAACCAAAAUCUUAUGGGUUGAUUGAACCAAGUGCAAUAAGCACAGAUCCCUAUUCAGGAAAGCUCACAAUCGAUUCUUAACUUUAAGCUUGUACUGAAAUCCUGAUGACUUCAGCAGAGCUUAAGCACAUACACAAGGGCUUUCCUGAACUGGAAUGAAUGAGGGCAAAUCAUAGACAUGGAGAAUUUUUACUGCGAGCAUGGACAUGUCACAGAAGUUCCCAUAUUAAUUGUGCCAUUUCCCUGUUACUUCUCCACUGGAGCACAGAGAGGAGGUGUGUAGUCCACAUUAAGAUGGAGAAGGACAGCAUUCCUUCCUGUGCAAUAAGUUUCAACAAAUUGCAUGCAUUUCUUUAUCUCCUGUCUUUUUAAAUAACUUUACGUCUCGUUCAGCUCCUCACCAAGAGUGCAACCUACAGUAUCAAGCAAAAGGAAGGCCUGAAAACAGAUAUGCUGGUAGGAAGAACUUAACAGAGAUGGUGGAAAAUUGCAUUCUGUUACUGACAGUAAAUAGAUAAGGAAAAAAUAUAGCAAACAGUAAUCCAUUUAGGAAAGAAAAUGUGUUAAUUUCGGCUGCACACACACACAGACAGAUAUUUAUAACAGUUGUUGGCUUUGCAUGGGAAGGCUUCAUCCUGCAGAUUUUGACUUUCAUAUCUUUUUCAUCUAGCAGAAGCUUGCAACAUUUUCUUCCAGGCUGUAUGGGAGCAUUACAUGCAAUUUCCUUUAUCUGGGAAGCUGAGUUUGCUGCUCAUCAGGCUAAGAACUGUUUCCUAUCAUAAUCCUCUCACUCUUCAUGCGUAAUCCUCAACUAGGCUUUAACGUUUCUUGAUUUAUGGGAUGUUUUCAGUUCCCGUUGACAGGCUGUGUUUUUCAUGCCAGAGAAUUAAUCCCACAAUAAUUGGAGUUUAAUUUGGGUCAGAUGAGGUCAAGGCCAGUUCAUAUCAACCGUGCUUGCACUCAGUGCAUUUUUGUUCAUUUUCAGUGGUUUUCACAUAUUUAGGGGUUUUUUUCUAUAUUGGAAAUAUUUUCUUUUGCAAUCAGAUUUGCUGCCUUUACUCAAAUCAGCAGUUCCAGUGACUUUCAGUUGACUGUUCUUGUCAAAGGCAUUAGUUGAACCCUUUUACUGUUAUUUUCUAAUCUAAUUUGCUUACCUAUUAAGAAAUUGUGAGUACAAAAGACACUUUCAAUAGAAGAUACAAGUAGAAGUAGCCACUGAUACAAAUGGUUUAUUAAUUGGUACUUGCUGCCUUUAUUUUUUCGUCCCCCAUUUUUGAAGAGCUGCAUUUUGAAGAAAAGAUACCAAACAAUAUGGCACAAUUUCUCAGUCAAAUGUCUUUGGUAGCACAGACUCCAUGUACCCCGUGGUAAAGAGUGGGCUUAUGAGCACACUGAGCCCCACAUAGCUGUGUUUUUCUCACCAUAACUCCAGCUAUUGCUCAGACUCAGCAUUCACUGUGUUCUCUGAAGCAGCCACCAAGGAACUGCUCAGCCCCAAGCCAUCCUGGGCCAAUAUUUAUGUGCCCAUCGGUGCUCAGAUACUUCCCCCCAGAAGAAUGCCUGUGGCUGUGGCCACCUCAUAGUAUGGACUUGAGUGUUACAAAGUCGCUGGCUUUAGGAGAGAACAUGUACUUGCCUUUAAAUGACAAAAUACGUGACCUCUGAGUCCUGCUGUCACCCUUAGCCCUGGCUGUCACCCACCCCAGAAGGAACACAAUUUGUUUCGUCACAAGUAUCGCGGAGAAGUCGAUCGGUGCCUUUCUGUUUAUCACUUGCCUGAUCUCCAGCUGUGGAAGGAAGUCUGUCAGGAUUUGCUAGACUAGUAGCAAUGGAUUCUGUCAGCUGCUUCAAUGCCAUCCACAGGUACUGCAGGAUUUCGCCUCAGAUCAGGAAAGUGAAACUCCAGCUAGAUUAGCUUCUGUUUUCUUUGACGGUGCCUAUGAUGUUUAUCUUCAGAUAAGUUUGGGGGUUUGGGAGCCCUUUCUGAUAUUUAAUGUUGAGAAAUUUUAGAAGUAACAUAUAUUACUUGCCUUAAAUGGAGUUUAGUUUUAUUGCACAUGUGGCAUUUGAGUUUCAAAUAUGGAACUUUGAAGCAUGUUUAUUUUACUAAGAUCGGGAUAUUUUUCUUAACCAUGAUGAACUCUUUGUAUGGAUAUAAUAUGUCAAGAACCUUCAAAGAAAUGCAAGAAUUUAUGGUGUUCUGUUGUAACAUUUCCAAGUACUAAGCAUCUCUGUAGAUGAUUGUCCUUUCCUGUACAUUGCUCUCAUAUUGAGUUAUCUCAGCUAAAAUACCUAUUGCUUCCAUGAAAAUCUUACUGAUUUUUAGUUUUUGUGCUGGCAUCAUCUGUGUUGUCUGAUGAGCACACUGAGCCUUAAUUUCUGGUGGUGCAACAGGAUGAGUGGAGUAAAGGGUUUGGCCUUCUCUCCAUAGGGUUUCUCACAGCUAAACUAUUUUAGCGAGGUUAUGUAGAAUACUCUUCUGUGCAGGCUGUUUGCUUUCUAGGGUUGUUGCUGAUUGGAUGUCUGAAUGUGGCACAGUGACAACAAAUACUGAAUUUCAUCUUCUUAGGGACUGGUCUGCAAAAGUGCAUGUGACUUCAGGUCUGGUCCAGUUAAGCAUAUGCACCACUUUAAGAACCUGAAUAGUCUUAGGCAAAUCACACUGUGAGUCAAGGAUGCUUUGUGUGUUUUGGAUGGGACCAGAGGAGGCUGUCCUUUUUUGCAGUUCCAUGAAACACACUGACUUAUUUUAAUCUGCUGUGAAAGUCCAGGAACAUGCAGGCUUCUUUAGUCAUAGCAACAUUCAGGUUCAAUUUUGGAAAAGUAAGAAGUCAUUCUGUACAAAUCCAGAAGGAUUAUGCCUGGAGGAAGAAGUCUGCUUACAAACAGAGGCUCCAGAAUCAGUAAGAGCUCAUACAGCAAUGGGAAUGGAUGCAAAGGAACUGUGUAUUGCACGUGGGCUUGACAAAUCCAGAACAGCCUAAAGGAUUCUCACAGGCAGCAAGAUCAUACAGAGCCCUUGGCCUUAAACCCUUAUAGUAUGGCAUGGUGGCAUGAGUGUCAGGUAAGAACAAAGCAUAUGCAGAGGUUCAAGUGUGGUCAAAAGGCAGGCAUAGUCCUUCCUGUCACAUGGCAGGACACCCAAACCCCUUGUUUGCCUAUUUCUUUUGUUCAAAUAACAGAGCUCCAAAGGAAGAGAUUAUAGUGAACAGAAGACCUUAGGUAAAGGAGGUUAAGAGGAUCACGCCCUAAGUGUAGAUACAAACACAUAUGUAUAUACUGUAAAUCUAAAUAGUAAUAAAAGUCACUCAGCAUGAAGGUGCCUACCAUUGAUCAUCAAGUACUCAUCACUGAGCAGCCAUAUCACCUCAGAAGUGCAGUAGCUAUUGUCAAAAUAAUUUGUGUAGCUAAUUAAUUUAUAUGAAAUGCACCUUUGGGACUGUGCCAUAGUAUCUCUUUUGUAAUACAAAUGUUUAACCAUUUUUCAUGGCUACUGAUUCAAAUCUGAAAUGUCAGGAUAUCUUUUCUGCCCCAGAUGAGAACAUACACUUAGACCUGGCUAAUCGGUACUUAGUUUAUCUACCCAAGAGACUUUAGUAGUCACCAGCCUUAAUGCAUGUACAGUAUAUGCUAUUCACUGACUUAGUUGUAGGUUUUAAUCCAAAUGAAAUUGGAAUUUUCAAAAUUACUUGGAUUAAUGGCAUCUGCCUAGAUAUCCCACAGAUGUGACAUUAAAUGAUUCAUGAUUUUAAGCAAGAAAGUUUGAAUUCUGUGUAAAUAACAGUGGGUGAAUUCCUUGAUCUUUUUAAAAGAUGAUUUUUUAAAAAUUAAAAAAUUGUCAAAGCAAUAGGUUUUUUAACUCUCCUAAAUUUUUGGCAGGUCAUGGGUUCGUGGUAAAAGCUAUAUUAAGAACAUCUCCUUCUGCAAUAUGGCUUGUCUUUACAUAAUCCUCUUAAUGCUUAAUAUGUCAGAAAGAAAUGUUUCUUGUCCACAGCAAUGACAACAUUUCCCUCCCCCAUUCAGCGAGAAUCCUCAAACUAAAGAAUAAAAUCUCCAGGCACAAUAGAAAUACAAACAAUGCCUGAAGUAUACAGACUUGUUAAGGUAACAACAGAAGUCUGUCUGGCGCAGACCUAACAUGCCUCCCUUUUUGUUGUCAUUUACAUCACAUAUUUGACCUCACUGUGUUUGAAACUAAAGAAUUAGUCUAGUUUUCAUGUCUUUAAAAUGCCUGGUUGGUCUGAUCAGUAUCAUAAUUAUAACUGUUACAUUAGGCUAUGUGCUGUGCACCAAGGCCUGGGAAGACAUGUAACCACAUAUAAAUUUGUCAGAAUACAUUCAGAAAAGCAUUUGGAUGAUCUUAUGUCUGGUAUGUCUCAAAAAAUGUGAACCUAUGUCUCUGAGCCAAUAUUGUUAGCAUGAAAUUUAUCUACUUUACUGUCUCUCACAAAGCUGCCAUUUGCCCUCAAAAAGGCCAACCCUCCAUUUCCAGUAUCACUAGCCCCAAGCUGUAAAUUGCUCUUAAGGUUAAUUAACAAACUGGGAAAGUCACUUUAGGUCCUGUUUGUGCUAACCUGACUAAAGCUACAGAGAGGAAAACACUAAGUUUUAGAGCAUCCAUUGGUCUUUCAAUAGCCUAUGGUUUUCUUCAGUGAAAUGGGUGAGAUCCAGCUGGAGCUAUUUCUUUAAAUAAUUCCUCUGCCUCCACUUGCUGUCUAGCCCUGUUGCUCUUGGUAGCCCACAAGUAUGCCUGACUUUCAGGGGUAUUUCCUACUUUGGCAGCCCAAGCUACCUUUCCGAUUGGGUGCUGGAACACGGAGCAAGUAACUCACAGGUUGCAUAAAGGGCCUGGCUUUUGCCCCCAAAACCAGCAACAAAUACACCAAAGCUCCUUCACUUUUGCAAUUUGUGUAGCUUGAAUUUCACACACUGCAGCUUGAAGCCCAGCCUUAUCCCUGCUGCCCUCAAAGAAUUCCAGAAGGUCCAAGGAAAACAACAGA